AAGAGUAAUAGUCAACCUCCUGCUUGGAAGACUGUUCUUGAGGCCGCUGCCGACCGCUUGGUCAGCCUUUCAUCUCCUUCCCCAUUUCCGGGUUCCUUCUGGUUCUCCCCUGGACUUCUCCUCUUCCCAAACCCCCUCACAGCUUUCAUCCUUCCAUCAAGCCGCCUCAAGAUCAGCCUUUGAAGAUCCAAGUCCCCUUUUUCUUGUCUUCUUGAAAGCAGAUCUCAGUUUCUGCAGUUGACUCCUGGUGUCUGCACAGUGAUUGAGCUUGGUUUGGUCUUUUGGAGGUGUUGAAGUGAAGACAAGAUCAUCUUAUCUUUGCAACUUCAGCUGAAACUGAGGUAAGCUCACAAGAAGAAGAGCAAAAAAGAGAAGGGGGUUUAACUGAUCUGUGAGUAAUCUGCGAGUCCUGCAUUUUUUUUUCUGGUAAAUCUAAGCACAGAUAUUUUGGGAAAUUUUUAACCGUAGCCCACCAUUAAUAGAUAUAAUUCAAAUACUGUGCUUGAUUAGCAAAACUUGAAGAAGGCUUUGGUUUUGGAGUUUUUUUUUUUGGCAAUCCCCACUAUAUACAUUUUGGGAUCCAAACCAUGGGUGGGAAAUUAAGUAAGAACAAGGAAGCAGACUCUUCAUCAAUGGAAGACAGCAAUCCAAGAUACCAGUCUGACCUGACCUCUUAUGAAGCUGCCUGUAGAGCCGACCCGAGCUUGCAAGAUUUUGAUAAGACCUUACAUGACCGAGCUGAUAGAGUAAUUAGGACACUGGCAGAUGGUGCUGAGAAGCAAUCCCUAACAUUCAACUCUCUAGGAGAGGUGACCACUGGCCUUCUUGAGAUGAACCAUGAACUAGCUAAGAUCAUUCUUGCAUCCCAAGAUGACAUAUAUCAUGACAAAGAGCUGUCCCAGUUAGUGGAGCAUUACUUCAAGCAUGGCCUACAGAUAUUAGAAUUCUACACUUCCCUCGAGAAAUGCCUGAGGCGGGUUCGCGAUAGCCAGUUGAGGAUUCAGCUUGCACUUAUGCACUUUGAGGAAGAGAGAGGAGAGAAUGUGGGAGGGGAGAGGUAUGUCAAGACAUUGCAGGAGCUCCAGAAAUUCAAAGAAGCGGGUGAUCCAUUCACGGGCGAGUUCUCCAAGCUCUUUCACUCGGUGCAGAAGCAGCAGGAAGAGAUGUUGCAGAAGCUGCGGGCUCGUAAGAAGAAGCUUGACAAGGAUCUCAAAUCUGCACAAACUUGGAGAAGGGUGACCAAUGCCAUAUUCGUGACCGCCUUCGUGUCCACUUUGAUCUUCUCGGUAGUGGCGGUCGCGAUCGCUGCGCCGCCUGUCGCAACUGCUCUAGCCGCUGCUCUGGCAGCUCCAAUAGGGACAGUCGGCAAGUGGUGCGAUUCUUUGUGGAAAAACUACCGAAGGGAACUAAAAGGGAAAAAGGAGUUGAUAAGCCUAAUGAAAGUGGGAACUGAGUUCUCGAUUUAUGACUUGGAGACGAUUCGGUCGCUUGUGAGUAAGCUGGAAAAUGAGAUUGAGUCGAUCUUGCAAAAUGCCAACUUCGCUCUUGGAGAAGAAGAGGAAGAAGCGGUGAAGCUUGUAAUGUUAGAGAUCAAAAAAAGGGUGGAAGAAUUCAUGAAAACUAUCGAGGAUCUCGGUACACAAGCUGAUAAGAGUAGCCGCGAGAUACGGAUGGCGAGGACACUGAUAUUGCAGAGGAUAAUGGGACAAUCCAGUCGUUAGUUCUUUGCUUAUGCUUAGAAAAUUAACGGUUCAUGCAGUUCACUGUCUUAGAUGAACUAUAUGUUGCAAAGAUCAUCUCGCUUUGCUUCUUUUGGUUGAAGUUGACUUGGCUAAUGUGGCUUCAACCAAUUCAUACAAAUAUUAGAAUUCUGGAUAUUUAUAAAAAUGAAGCAGCUCUACAUAGCUGUGCUUCAAAA